AUGGAGAACCGCAAGGCAAAGCUGGGCGCGCCCAUUACAACCAGCGUAUGCGUGGCUCUUGUGGAAUCUGCGUUACAGCAAGCCUCAUCCGAGCGGAAGGAUGGUAGUGCGGGGCUGUCUUUGGAUCUGAGCUCCCGGAAAAUAGGGUCCAUCCCUAGUGAGGUUGUAGCCAUAGUGAAGGAUGAUGUCGAGAGACUAGCAUUGGGCCACAAUCAAUUAUCAUCUUUCGAUCCAGAAUUUGGGCUUUGCUCCCGGCUAAGAUACCUCAAUGUUAGGUCUAAUUUCUUUAGAGAUUUCCCUGUCAUCCUCUGUAAAAUGGCAUCGCUUGAAAUUCUCGACAUCAGUCGGAACAGGAUUAAAGAACUGCCAGCGGACUUCGGUCAUUUGAUCAGACUUAAAGUGCUGUGUUUCUCCAAAAAUAAAUUGCGCACCCUACCCAACUAUAUUUGUCAGAUGAAUGAAUUGAAAAUUCUUAGGAUUGAUCGCAAUCCUCUUAUAGAUCUACCACAGGAAUUGUAUGAGCUUGAGGACGAUGGUGAUGGAGACAACGAUACAGAUUAUUCCAACAUUGGGAAACUCGCAACUUUGACCAAUAAACAAGUUGGUAGGGAACCUACAUCAACAUGGGCCGAAGAAUCCUCUCGAUUGCGAAUAGAAACGUCGGCUCCCGAUGACCUGGACAGUGCGCCAGCGAUACCAUUCAAAAAUCUUCAGCGUAAAUUUGCUGGGGGUGCCCCCCAACCUUCCGGGUCCUUAACAGCACCUGCCUUGCCUAUCUCAGGGCAGGCCACAGAACGGUCAAGGAGCAAUAGCGAAAGCGGGCCUGCGAACAGGGCAACGAAACGAAUGGGUUACAUCGGCCAAAAGAACAUACUUGGAACAGUCGAUGAAGUCAGGACUAUAAAACAUCACGUUCGCGGGAUCUCUUACGAUUCUAGCAUGAACGAAGCUGCCCAGAGAGCUAGCAAUGUCCCGAACAACGGGGACGCCGCGUCUUCGUUCUCCGGGGCUACACCCCGCAAUGACACACGUUCAGCUGGGCCCUACUUCCGCCGUAUCCAAGGAACAUUAAAGCAGUAUGGAGGCGUAGAUGUGGCUAUCAGCUCCACAAUACUGGAAACGGCUAGGAGCAUCUUAUAUUCGAUAUACAAAGUCCUGCCCGCAAUAGAUUCAUAUGUUGGCCUCCUCAAAGAACGCAAUCGGUUGCAAACAACAGGUAUCGACCGUGUCCUUCCGGCUGCAAAUCUCAAUAUUAGCUCUCUGAUCCAGUCACUUGAACUUUGCGAGGCAAGAGAUGGCCAACUUUCCCUAGAUGGUUUACUGAACACCUCCCACACUACCAUUCUCUCUUUCAAACACGUCCUCAACCAAUUACAACAAGUAAUACACGGCGCAGCGAACCAUAUAGAAUCACGGUAUACUCGCACAAUCCUUCUCGCGAUUUUUGGAUCUCUGGUGGAGUUACAACAGGCUUGGACCGUCCUUCGAAAGUACAUCAUGCCCCCAAAUAACACUCGCUCUGGAAACGUCAUUAUGGUCAAUAGAAUCAAACUACCCUUCCCCUCUCCCUUGGGAGUAUCGAAUAUUGUAACGAAUCAGAGAACUGUACAAGAAGCAGGUUUCUUACCCCCAACGCCUGGAACAGUUCUUGAGAACCCGUUGGAGAAUCCCGACGAAAUCCUAUUUGAUAGGCUCGGAACCACAGUUGCAGCAACAAUGCAACUUAUCGUUGUUUUAUCGGAUGCCAUAAAAAAAACAGCCUCUCAGCAAAAUGUCCAGCAGUCGACAUUGCAAAAGCUCCGCGAGUUGGACAAGAUUUGUAACAAUGGCUCCGACGUGGCGAAACGCCUUAAGGCUCGCCUUGAUUUGAUUCGAGAUGCAGAUUGGGUAGAGAGAAGGCGAUUCUUUGAAGAUAUCACACGAUUUGUAACCUCGGUCAUGUCAAUUGGGGAAUUAUUGAAGGCAGGGUCGUCUGAGUUCGGGUUUCCGAAACAAGCUCUGGGGGGGUUUUCCCCGGUUGCUAGAUUAACCAAAGAGGUGACGGUUCUUUUGCAUAAUUCUAGUUUCAGGAGCCUGAACGACCCUUCGCAUCCUGUCCCAGCAAGUUCUACGAUGACAACACCCCCGGCUUCGUUUCCUAACAAUGUCCCGGUUCACUUCCAACCCCUUAGCCCAGCACCGUUUUCGGCAGUGCCUAGUACCCCUCUCUCCGCGGUGCUCGGGCCGGCAGCACAGGCUACUGUUCCGUUUCUCGCGCCUGGCGUGCAGUUCAUCCCAGGCGAACACCAGAGAUCCAAUACGAUGCAGUCUGCUUCAAGGACGAUGACAGGCAUCAGUGAAAUGGGGUUCUCCGCUGGCGUCGUGUCUCCAAGACGAUAA